CAACCAGGGGUAGUACCGGUGUUGAGGGUAAAUCAAGUAUCCCUCGAGUAUCCCUCGAGGCCGAUGUCUACGAGUGUUUAUAUCAAUCGGCUACGAGGAACCCUCUGGAUUAAAUCUCACGGGCAGCUGUGUUUGCAGAGUUUACGUCCGAAGCGAAAUCUGAUGGGCCAAUAGUAUGACUCAAUGGACAGGAUAUCUAUUGUCCAGCUUGAUCACUAACACACUGCCCUUUGCGCGUGCUUUAUCAAUUACGCGCCCUCCGCUCGUAUAUAAGAUGCAUAUGAUAUCCGCCCUCCGUGCGCAAAACUUGUUUUGUCUCUCAAGUCGAUGGAGACCGAGUAUUCGGCUGACACUAUCGCAGCGGCGAGGAGUUUGCAGACCUCAUCCUACAUAUACAUGUCGAUGGCUACAUUCUGGACCUAUGGCUAUGCUUGUUCCCUUCACGAGGAGUGGAUGUUCCUGCUUCGGUCGCGUUGGACCAAGGUAAAAGGCCUUUACAUCGUUGCACGAUACGUGCCCUUUUUCCUCUUCACCGGCCAUCUUUAUAUGAACUUCGCCCCGGACGAAAACCCCAAUAAAUGCCUGAUGCUCGACAAAGUCUGCUCAUGUUUGAGCAUAAUAUCAGUCAUAUGUUCCGAAUCCUUUUUUGUCCUCAGAACAUAUGCGCUCUGGGACAAUAAUAAAAUUGUGCUCGCAGCCCUGCUCGCCGCCUUCUUGGCUGCUGGCGUAUCAUCUAUCGGCUUGUUAUAUGGCUUAAGUGACGGUGUACCAUUUCAGACCAGCCCGAUCCCGGGUAUUACGGGCUGCUACCAACCAUUGGGCAGCAUCGGAUUCUUCGUACCGUUUAUUCUCUUAUCUGCACUCGAACUAGGACUCAUCUUCCUGACACUGAUACGCGCCCUGCAGACCUGGCGGACGACUAACAACCUAUUUGCUGCCCUACUGAAACAUAACAUAUUCUACUAUGCAUGUGGACUCUUUUGUUCGGUUGUAAACGUCCUCACGUCACUGCUUCUCCAAGUGCGUGUACCCCUCCCUUGCCCCUGAGAAUGAACCAUUCAUAUUCUGCGCACUUAGCAUGCGUACAGGGCCAUGUUUCAAGAUUUUCAGUUCAUCAUUCUCGCGAUCCUCGCCACACACAUGCAUCUCUAUCUUUGGCAUAUGGACCAGCUCCUACAUGACUCUGA